AUGGGAAUUAAAGAUGUUCGGACAUUACAUUGAUCAGAGUUCCGAAUUUAGCCUCGUUAGCUAAGUACGAAAAUAUUGAAGCGAGACUUCGAGAUAUUUCAUAUAGUAUCGAUUAUAAGUGAAACGGUAUAUUCAGUGGAAGAUUUAAGACGCCAAAUACAUAGUGACCACCACUUUUCGAAAACUUAACUAUCAUUCAUCGUGGGGGGAAAAUGAUAAACAUAUAUAAACGUCCUUCAACCGAGUACAUUGGAGAAUUAUCUCUCUCGAUGUAUCGCUGUGCAAAUACCCUAUCAGUUAAAUGUUCGUUACGCAGUAUUCAUACAAUCUGCUCGAGUGUAUUGAGUGAUUUCAGUCGCGCCGACUGAACAUGGCAGAAGGAGGCAUCGAUCGUACCAUGUCAGAAACUGAAAGCGUUCCCCGAUCCAACAGCCUGUACAGCUGUAACUCUCGGGUAAGUCAGUGACUGAACGCGAUCCCAAACAUAGCAGCUUGUACAGUCGUCUUUCUCGGGUAAGGCAUGAGUUGAAAAUGUUUUCAGACAAAGCACAUUGUAUAGGAAACACUCUCAAACAAGACACUGCAGCCUGUACAGCUGUCGCACACGGAUAAGUUAUUAAUUGAGAGGAUUUCCAGACACAGCAACUGGCACAUUCGUCACCCACGGGUUAGGCAGAUAUGGAGGAGCUCAGCACCCUGUGCAGUCGGUACCCUCAGAAUUAUGUCGAAAGCGUGUCAAUGGAGAUGUGUACUAUACUGAACCGGCUUGGGUACGGCGAGGAGAUUAGACGGAGACGCAUUGAGAAGUACAAGGAGCGUGAUAGGCUGCGUAAUGCACGAACAAGUCGUUUAACUACCAUCACAUCUGGUAGCAAGGCAGAGGGAUUGACCUGCUAUUUUGAAAGUGACUGGGAUUUUUUAUUCGUGCUUAACGAUGUCAUCUGUGUGGAAGCUGGCAUCAAUCUUCCCACCUUACAAGAGGAUAUGGACGUGUACAGGAUGGAUACACUUGUAUAUCCAGGGUACUGUAGUUUGUUUCUAGAAAGACUUUCGCGUAGUCCUUCUAGAUUUAUUAUAAAUUCUCUAUGUGAAAAUGGAUAUGGAGGCAUUCUAUUAUGUAGUGGUUUAUUCUUAGAUGAAUUUUCGACAUUUUGGGCUUCUACAAAGACACAGUCUCCAAUCGAAAUAGUACAUCACGAACGCGCGGGUCCAUCGAUUCCGGAAACACUUAAAAUGAUUAAAGGUAUUAACGGUGAACUAAAUCAGGACCACGUAUUAGCACUACGUUGUCACUGCCCAAGCAUUCUAGAACGAUGGGCCGCCAGACACCGCCAUUGGCCGCCACCAGUCAUAGUUCAAAGAGUCGUGUCAUUUGGUGCUUACGUAACACCCGUAGGUUUAAAAGGAAGUGAGCGGAAGAACAUCGAUUGGAGGAUUUGCUUCGAUACCGGUGAAACAGAACUUGUAAACAACCUUAAUGACACACAAGCGAAAGUGUACGUUUUGCUUAAAUUUAUCCUCAAAGAUGUUUUAAGGCCUCGUAAGAAAGAAAUAACAUCGUACGUGAUAAAAAAUAUAGUUUUAUGGCAAGCUGAGAGAAACCCACAAAACAAGUUUUCUGCUCGGAGUUUGGUUCACUGGCUGCAUGACGGACUGGGAGAACUUAGGACUGCUAUUGAAACACAACAACUGUCAUAUUACAUGAUUCCGGAUAGAAAUUUAAUGGCAGCAAAUAGUUUUUCGGAAAAACAGCAAAGUAAAUGGGUAGCAGAUAUUACGGACUUGAUGGCGGAAGGUCCUAGGUUAAUACUGAGAUUGCCGAAGAUACGACACGCCAUCAUCGCAUCCCCAGAGCCGAUGUUGUGGUUCAACAAAAUAAGGACACUGCUGGAGAUAGUAUGGCAGGAGAUGGCCAACAGAAUAGAGCAAUACGGUGAUUUUGACGUGUCUGAUAUUAUCCAGCAGGAGAUAAUACGACUCCAGCUACAGACACAUAUCGUGCUGCACAAAAGGAUGCUCGAAGAAGGCUUUAAUGGUGAUAUAGGUGAUAUUGUCAUUAGAAUAUUAUUGUAAUGUAUUCACGCGCAUGAAACGCAUGGAGCUAAGGUAGAUUAUCAGAGACAUGCAAAGCAAGGCGGAAUGAUGUUUUGACUUGCAUAUCAUCUUGCAGAAUAUAAGGAGACGAAUAAGCAAGGAAAUGAGACAAGUCCGUCAACGGAUGUUUAUUCUUUGAAGUGAUGGCGGUUGUUUUAAGCCGAGUUUAAAAUACAGUUAAAAUUCGUCAGUGCUAAAACAAUAAAUGUCUUAAAUGAUGAAAAAGUUCCUUUAGUGACAAAACAUUGUUUUCAAAGUUUCUAAUGGGGAAGUAUUUGUAUAUAAUCUAAAAUUUGGAUUCUGACCUGAUUAGUUUUGCAUUGUGUCAUAGUAAAGGAUUAAUGUGGGACCAUGCUCAUCAGCUUGGGCUAGUAAGUUGUGCUGUUGUAAAUACAACAUGUUCGCAAAACUAUGCUUACGAUUAUGAUUAUUAUCAUUUAA